AUGUUUGGACGUAGUUCACAAUUCGACAAAGCACUUGAAAAGGCAACAAGCCAGCUUUUAUUGGAACCUGACUGGGACUCUAUCCUUAGUAUCUGUGAUUGCAUCAGACAGGGAGAUGUGCAACCAAAAUAUGCCCUGAAUGCUAUAAAAAGAAAAUUGGCUGUGGAUAAUCCUCAUGUGGCUAUGUUUGCACUCCAGACACUAGAGUCCUGUGUGAAAAAUUGUACUUCAUUGAUUCACCAAGAAGUGGCAUCUAAAGAAUUUAUGGAAUUUCUAAAAGAACAAGUCAAGACCCGACCUCCACCUGUAAAAGAAAAGAUUUUGGAACUGAUUCAAGUGUGGUCUCAUGCAUUCCGCAAUGAACCAAGUUACAAAGCUGUACAAGACACCUUUCAUCUAAUGAAGAUGGAAGGUUAUACAUUCCCUGCUUUGAAAGAAGCUGAUGCAAUGUUUGUUGCUGAAAAAGCUCCUGAAUGGAAAGAUGGAGAAUGUUGUACACGGUGCAGGGUUGUAUUUGGUGUUGUUCAGAGGAAGCAUCACUGUCGUAAUUGUGGGGAAGUAAUGUGUAGUAAAUGCUCUUCCAAGGUUUCGACAAUCCCUCGAUUUGGAAUUGAACGUGAGGUCCGUGUCUGUGACUCUUGCUAUGAAAAACUCAGGGAUAAAAAGUCAACUUCAGAUACUGAUGCUCUGCCCUCAGAAUACCUGGCCAGUUCUUUAUCAAAGCAGUCACAAAAGGGGACAAGAAACCAAGACAAUCUACCACCUUCCAAAAGUGAACAAGAAAUCCAAGAGGAAGAAGAGUUGCAGCUUGCCUUGGCUCUGUCAAAGAGUGAACAUGAGAGUAAAGAGAAGGAGCAGUCUGUGUCUUCCUCAGCUCCUGCUAUUGAUACUUCUGAUAUGGACCCUGAGCUAGCCCGUUAUCUCAAUAGAAAUUAUUGGCAGCAAAGAUCUGAGCAAGGCACUGCCCCAGCAGCAACUACUCCAUCUGCUCCUGUAGCCACUACAGAACCAAAGACCAGUAUAGUAAAAACUCAUGAAAUUCCUUAUCAAAAUGGGGAAACUGAUGAUGACCAACAACAAUUUCUGAAUGCUCUGCAGAGUAGUGUAGAAAUUUUUGUCAACCGAAUGCGCAGUAACUCUCAGCGUGGACGCAGCAUUACUAAUGAUACUUCUGUGCAAUCUCUCUUCAAUGUCAUUAGCAAUAUGCACCCGCAGUUAUUGAAAUAUAUCCAAGAGCAGGAAGAUGCCAGGAGCCACUAUGAAUCACUACAGGAUAAACUUGCUCAGCUGCGAGAUGCCCGUGAAGCACUUGAUGCUUUAAGAGAAGAUCACCGGGAGAAACGGAGACGGGAACAAGAAGAACAGGAACGUCUCCGACAAAUACAAAUGUCACAGAAACUGGAAAUUAUGAGGCAGAAAAAACAUGAAUACCUAGAAAUGCAACGGCAACUUGCAUUUCAACGUUUACAUGAACAAGAAAGAGAAUACCAAAUUCGGCUGGAGCAGCAGAAACAUUUGACUCAAAUCAGGCAAAUGCAGGCAUAUGGUUAUGGCCAGAGCCCAUAUACCGCUCAAAACUUCAACAGCCCUGGCAGCUCUUUGGAAAACUCUCCAGUUCACCAAAUGCACCAACAAGGUUAUGUAGGAGUUGGGAUGAUGCCUGGCCAAGGAGGGCCGCCUAAUAUGGGAGCACCACAAUCUAUGCCAGGUGGUGGUGGGGGCCCAAGCCAGAUGUACCUACAACAAGCACCAGGACAACAGCAACAACAACCUAUUCCCAAUCCUGCUGCAUAUAACCAGCCAGGUAGUGGACAUUAUCCCAAUCCUGUAGCCCCACCUCCACAACAAUCAAUGCCACCUUCCACAGCCUACCAACAGCCUCUCUCUACAGAUGUCAUACAACAAGCAGCACCAAAUUCUUAUCAGCCUUACAAUUCUGCAUCCAGUCAGCCUUCAACUGUACCCCAGAUAUCCUCAGCUGGCCAGAACUAUUCAAUCCCCAGCUCUGAAUAUUCAUCAUUAAGUAUGCAAAGUUUGGCAAGUGCACUUCCCCAGGCACCAGGUUCACAAGCUAUGUACACUGGUGCCCAGCAGCAACAGCAGCAGCCAUAUCUAGCUACAGGCUCUGCUCCACAGUUUCAGGCUCCUCCUCCUCCAGGCAAUAUGGUGCAAUCUCAUCAACAACCACAACAAAUCAUGCCACCACAAAAUGAAGCAGAACUUAUUAGUUUUGAUUAA